ACUUCUUUACAGAAAGGGUAGUUAUGUCAGUUCUCCUUCGUGCUUGAUCCGCACCGAUUCAAGCGCGCCUCACAAUCAAGCUGUGUUUCACCAACCCACCGGUCUGUUCUCUGGUUCACGCGCUCCUUAUUUCCUUCAGCUCGGGGCCGGGCUCUCUCCCCGCCGGAGCACUCGCCUCCUCCGUGAGCGCCCGCGAUCCUCCUGGCACGCGAGCCCAGGAGAGAUGCUGCGAGGCGUGGGGCGCUUUUCCAGCCGCUGCUCCGCCGGGAUCCAGCCAGCGGUUCGCUCCCCUCGCCUUCCUCGAGCGGCCCGAUCGCCGCCGCCAUGCAGCGAGGCAGGGUGCUGACGGCGCUGCUGUGCGCCGCGCUGCUCCCGCUCCGCUCGGACGCCGCCAAAGCGCCCAAACGCCCGGCCCGGCCCCGGAGCUGCGGAGAGCGGCCCGAGGAGCUGCUGGAGCAGCUGUACGGGCGGCUGGCGGCCGGCAUGCUCGGCGCCUUCCACCACACCCUGCAGCCCGAGCCGCCCGGCCGCCAGCACAACGCCAGCUGCCCCGCCGGGACACGGCCGGGCGGCGACAAGAGGUUCCGGCUGCCCGUCAACCUGCGCAGCGCCUCGCCCUGGGCCUACAGAAUUUCGUAUGACCCCACAAGAUACCCUAAAUACAUUCCUGAAGCAUACUGCCUGUGCAAGGGCUGCCUGAUGGGGAUAUUUGGCGAGGAGAGUUUUCAGUUCCGCAGCACCCCGGUAUACAUGCCCACCGUCAUCCUGCGCCGCACCUCCUCCUGUGCUGGAGGCCGCUAUGUGUACACGGAAGACUACGUCACUAUCCCAGUGGGCUGCACCUGUGUGCCUGAGCAAGAGAAGGAGGCCGAAAGUGUAAAUUCCAGCAUAGACAAGCAAGAAAUGAAGUUGCUGGUAAACCAGAACAAGCCGUCAUCGGAGUGAAGAAUAUAGGAAGAGUUGUCUGUAUGGUGUUGGCUUCACAUCAUUAUUUCACCACCUCAGCAAACUGCGCACAGCAGAGAAACACAUCAGGUUACGCUGUUUCUCUGCUUACAGUUAUUUCAGUUAUAAGAUAGAAAGUUCUGUCCAGUUGCUCAGAUCGUUAGCGAUGACCGUUCAUAUUAAGAACUUCUGUAGCUCAUGUGAGUAUUUCUUGCAAAUUUCAGUAUAGCUUUUUUUCCCUUCCCUUAGAGUGGAACAUUUUAUCCAUAUUAUUCACAGUAAAUUUUAGAAGAUGAUGCAAUAGUAAGAAAUGCUAGCUAUUGCUAUAGCAGACCGCUGGUCGUAGAUAUUAUUCAGGAAUCUCUUAUACUCUACUUUUAAAUACUUUCAUAUAAAGAUCACAUAGCUAUUGUCCAGAUGCCAAAACACCGUUUCAAAGUAUGGUUUUUCAGGCUGGGAGGGCCUUCCUUUAUGCUGCAUAUCAACCCAAGGCAGCAUUCUUUGCUGUUAUAUCUUUGGCUGUUUAUACAGCACAGCAUGGGAACCUUCACUGGGCUGGAGUCAUUCAUGAAACAACAUUCUGUGAGUUUGCUAUUUUUAAACUCACCAAAUUGCCAAGGGUACAAAAGUGUUGAGAGAAAAAAAACCAUGCUAGAACGUUAUAAAAGUGCAGUGUGGACUCCCUGGUGUGGACUACAGCUAAUUGAACAGAAAAUAUCCAUUGGAAUAAAUAGGGUUUGGAUCCCAAGAAUUCUGUGUUGGAUCUCAUUCGCUGUAACCUGCUUAAGAGUUUCUUGAGAUAAAACUGUUCUGCAAAGUUGAAAGACCAAAAUGUUUUUCAUGUCAUUGAGAUGAAUCACAGAAAAUCCAAACUGGUUAAAUACAACUAAUUCAUACAAGCAGUUCUGCUCGGUUUAAAGGUGGUUACCUGUUCUCCAGAGAAUAUAAAUACUUGAAGCUGAUAGAGCCAUUUUUCUUUCCUCCUAAUGUGGAAGAACUUCUCAUCCCUGGAGAAAAGGGAAAUGCUAAUCAGAGACAGAAGGUUUCAAAUGGAAGCAGCCCUACAUAGAUAAAUACUGCAUUAGGUGAUACUUCAGCAGUUCCUUAAAGGCUUCACUGUUAUAUAGUGUUUUUUUUCUCCAGUCACACUUCAGGAGGGAUGAAAUUGGACCUUCAGACUCCAUAACAUAUUAAACAAAUUAUUCAUUGCAAAAGACCAUAAAAGCAGCCCACAACAACAACAAAACAAACAAAGCUUUUUGAAAAAACUGCCCUCCAGAGAAUCAGUGUGACUUACCAUAUCCUUCUGAUACACAGAUCCGUGUUUAUGACAGAUGUGCUAACCAGCAUCUAUGGGUUUAUUCGUGUGACACAAUGAGAAAUAAAGCUCCCAUGCUGUUAUAUCUGUCCUGCAGCCAUAA